AUGGGUGCGUCGCAUUCAUUUAUUUCUGCUUCAUUUGCACAUUCUUUGGUUCUUGAGGUCACGCAACGAGAUUGUCUCUUUUGUGUUGAUACACCAGUAGGGGGUCCAGUAUCUUUAGGCCAUCUUUGUCAGGGUUGUGCUAUUGAAAUAGCUGGGUGGACCUUAGAGUUUGAUUUUGUUGUCUUCGACCUGACGGGCUUUGACGUCAUUCUCGGGAUGGACUGUAUUGGUGACUGGAGUCGCCACAAGUGUUACUUGGCUAGCCUGUUAGCUGAGGAGGAUUGCAGCUUAGGCUAUGUUUUUCCGGCAGUUGUAGACGAGUUUCAGGAUGAAUUUCUAGAGGAGUUGAUGGAACUUUAUCCUUUUCGGGAGGUUGUCUUUGCCAUUGAUGUCAUUCCCAGUAGUGCACCUAUCUCUAUGGCACCAACCAUGGUUGUUACGCGUGGAGAGUCUUCACGUCAGGGCACUAAGGAGCAGGUGGCUGAAAUCGAGUUCACAUGGGGUCCAGGAAGGCCCAGGAUUCCAGUUCGUGGCGUAGAUGCUAAUCCUCCACAGGCACCGACUUACGAGGAGCGAGUGGCUCAGGGUAUAACUUAUGGAAUUGCUGAAUCCCUAUAG